GUCAGGUCCGGUGAGAGAUACAUGUCAACAAGAAGAAAAGAGGAGUUAAAAUGAAGGAGAGUCUUUAAUGGAUCUAACUCUCUGUAGUGAUCGACUGUGGAGCAUCAAUUCCAGGAAUGCAUCAGAUCUCUCUUCCUUACUCCUCUGUUUCUCGCUUUCUCUAUAGAUCUUGAACCGAACAGACUCAUCGAAGCGAAUUGAGAUGUAUACGGCAUAUGGAUGGCCGCAGGUGAUCCCGCUGGAGAUUGGGCUUUUCCCCUCGACGCAGCAGAUAAUAUACCUAAAAGUUCUCAAUCGUCUAUUGCUCGUCGUCUCCCCCUCUCACCUCGAGCUUUGGAGCUCUCACCAGCAUAAAGUGAGGUUGGGGAAGUACAAGAGGGAUGUGGCUUCUGUGGAGAAGGAGGGUGAGAAUAUACAGGCUGUGUGGAGCCCCGAUGGCAAGUUGAUUGCAGUUCUUACUUCGUCUUUCUAUCUUCACAUAUUGAAGGUCCAGUUCACCGAAAAAAGAAUACAAAUUGGAGGGAAGCAGCCAUCUGCUUUGUAUCUUGCUACUAUAUCGCUUCUUCUUAAUGAGCAGGUGCCAUUUGCGGAAAAGGACUUGAAAGUGAGCAAUAUUGUGAGUGACAACAAAUACAUGCUUCUUGGACUUUCCAAUGGAUCUUUAUAUAGCAUCUCCUGGAAAGGGGAGUUCUAUGGGGCUUUUGAACUUGAUCCUUAUCCAUUUGCUGCAUUACCAAAUUCUUUUGGUAAUGGCAUUGCUUCCAUUGGGGCUCCUGUAGAUUUCUUAGCUGAAAAUAAUAUUUCUUGGAAGUCGGCUAUCUCACACCUGGAACUUUGCUUCCCACUAAGGUUGCUGUUUGUGUUAUAUUCUGACGGGAAACUUGUGUCAUGCUCUGUAAGCAAGAAGGGCUUGAAGCAAGCUGAAUCAAUUAAAGCUGAAAAGAAGUUGGGUUGUGGUGAUGCUGUAUGUGCCUCAGUAGCAUCAGAGCAACAGAUCCUUGCUGUUGGUACCAUAAGAGGAAUUGUUGAGUUGUAUGACCUGGCGGAAUCUGCAUCACUUAUUCGUUCUGUGUCUUUGUAUGACUGGGGAUAUUCAAUGGAUGAUACUGGUCCUGUCAGUUGUAUUGCAUGGACGCCUGAUAACUCUGCUUUUGCUGUUGGGUGGAAAUUGAGAGGACUUACAGUAUGGUCUGUCUCUGGUUGCCGUUUGAUGUCAACAAUCCGUCAAAUUGGUUUGAGUUCUGUGUCUUCUCCAAUGGUUAAGCCUAACCAGGAUUGUAGAUAUGAACCGUUGAUGACUGGGACCUCACGGAUGCAGUGGGACGAGUAUGGAUAUAGGCUUUACACUAUUGAAGAAGGAUCUUCAGAGAGAAUUAUUGCAUUUUCCUUCGGGAAAUGCUGUCUUAACAGAGGAGUUUCCGGCAUGACUUAUGUCCGUCAAGUGAUUUAUGGCGAAGAUCGGCUGCUUGUUGUGCAAUCUGAAGAUACUGAUGAACUCAAAAUUCUCCAUUUAAACCUUCCAGUUUCAUAUAUAUCCCAAAAUUGGCCAGUUCAGCAUGUGGCAGCUAGCAAGGAUGGAAUGUACUUAGCUGUUGCCGGUCUCCAUGGUUUGAUCUUGUAUGAUAUACGGUUGAAAAAAUGGAGAGUUUUUGGAGAUAUUACUCAGGAACAAAAGAUUCAAUGCAAAGGUUUAUUAUGGCUGGGGAAGAUUAUUGUCGUCUGUAACUACAUUGAUUCUUCAAACACAUAUGAAUUACUUUUCUAUCCAAGAUAUCACCUUGAUCAGAGUUCUUUGCUCUGUCGAAAACCUUUGCUUGCUAAACCCAUGGUGAUGGAUGUUUAUCAAGAUUACAUACUCGUCACGUAUCAUCCUUUUGAUGUCCACAUAUACCUUGUAAAAAUAAUUGGUGAACUGACGCCUUCAAGUACUCCAGAGCUGCAGCUUUCUACAGUACGAGAACUCUCAAUCAUGACUGCGAAGAGCCAUCCUUCAGCGAUGCGCUUUAUCCCUGAUCAGAUUCGCGGGGAGUGUGCCUCAAUCAAUCAUAACUUCUCUUCCUCAGAUUUUUCUUUCAGAGAGCCUACCAGAUGUUUGAUCUUGAGGGUGAAUGGUGAUCUUUCACUUCUGGAUCUGGGUGAUGGACGUGAGAGGGAACUCACUGAUUCUGUGGAAUUAUUUUGGGUUACUUGCGGUCAAUCAGAGGAGAUGACAAGUCUAAUUGAGGAAGUUUCAUGGUUAGAUUAUGGCCACAGAGGGAUGCAGGUCUGGUAUCCAUCUCCGGGUGUUGAGUCAUUUAAACAAGAAGAUUUCUUGCAGCUGGACCCAGAGCUGGAAUUUGACCGUGAGGUGUACCCACUGGGCCUUCUUCCAAAUGCUGGUGUUGUUGUUGGUGUUUCCCAGCGAAUGUCCUUUUCAGCAUGUACAGAGUUUCCAUGUUUUGAGGCAUCCCCUCAAGCUCAAACUAUACUCCAUUGCCUACUCCGGCACCUUCUUCAGAGAGACAAAAAAGAGGAGGCGUUACGUUUGGCACAAAUGUCAGCAGAAAAGCCUCAUUUUUCCCAUUGUUUGGAGUGGCUUCUUUUUACUGUCUUUGAAGCUGAAAUUUCCAGGCAAAAUUUAAGCAAGAACCAAGCAUCUGUCCCUAAGCAUGCAGCCAUUUCUCUUUUGGAGAAGACCUGUGACUUGAUCAGAAAUUUUGCUGAGUAUCUUGACGUGGUUGUGAGUGUGGCAAGAAAAACAGAUGGUCGACAUUGGGCAGAUUUGUUUUCGGCCGCUGGAAGAUCAACAGAGUUGUUUGAGGAAUGCUUUCAACGAAGGUGGUAUCGUACAGCAGCUUGCUAUAUACUUGUUAUUGCUAAACUUGAAGGUCCUGCUGUCAGUCAGUACUGCGCUUUGCGUUUAUUGCAGGCAACACUUGAUGAGUCUUUAUAUGAACUUGCUGGAGAGCUGGUUCGAUUCUUACUGAGAUCUGGAAGAGACUAUGAGCAGACUUCGACAGAUUCAGACAAGCUAUCUCCAAGAUUCUUGGGUUAUUUUCUUUUUCGGUCUAGUUACAGGAAGCCAUCCUUGGAUAACAGCAGUCCCUCAUUCAAAGACCAGAGUGCUCAUGUUGCUUCGGUUAAGAAUAUUUUAGAGAGCCAUGCUAGCUAUUUGAUGUCAGGGAAAGAACUUUCCAAGCUUGUUGCAUUUGUAAAAGGCACUCAGUUUGAUUUGGUGGACUAUCUUCAUCGAGAAAGAUAUGGCUCUGCUCGGUUGGAGAAUUUUGCGUCGGGACUGGAACUAAUAGCUCAAAAGCUUCAAAUGGGUACACUGCAGAGCCGGUUGGAUGCAGAAUUCCUGCUGGCUCAUAUGUGCUCUGUCAAGUUCAAGGAGUGGAUAGUUGUCCUGGCCACUCUACUACGACGAUCUGAGGUUCUUUUUGAUCUUUUCCACCAUGACAUGCGGUUAUGGGAGGCUUACAGCCUCACCUUGCAGUCACAUUCGCAAUUCACUGAGUACCAUGAUCUGCUUGGAGCCUUGGAAGAGAGACUUUUACCCAACUCAAAUUUUGAAGAAACGUGAAGGCAGGUUUGGCUGUCAAACAAAUGAAUCAAGUUUUGCAAUAGGUUGUGCCAAUCGAAGUAAGUUUUCAUCGGGUGAAAAUCUCCUUUGCUGGAUACGGAUUCGAGUCCAAUCAAGUACAAGUAAAUGAACAUUUAAUUAUUCAAUUGAGUGAACAAAGAGUGCUAGCAACUGCGUUAUCAGAAUAUUUUCGGUAGCGGACUCAAUUUAAUUACUUUCCUAACCAGAAGCCCAAAUUUAGUAUUGUACAUGAAGGUUAAAAGUUCUAGUUUUUGGUGUUGGGAUGCGGCGUAAUACGCACAGUAACUGCUCUAGGGCACUCUAGAUUUUCAAAUUUUGUACGAUGCUUGUACCUUUUGGUUGUACAAAUAAAGAUGAAAUUUUCUGAGUGAAUUAUAUCUUCAGUGCACGUUUUCAAGUU